AUGGGUCCUUCACGUCCCUCCAUCUUCUUGCCGUUGUUUUUGUCAGUGGUAGUGUGUAUGUCAGCCUCACUUGGUAGCUCUAGUUCUGAUUUGGUUGAAUCAGAAUUGUUGAAGGUUCCAAUUUCAGAGUUCGCAAAUUCAGUGAGGUCCACCGUCGACAUCGUACAGCAGGUGGCCACCCUCGUCUCCACAUUCACCGAGUUUGCAAAUUCAGUGAGGCUGACCAUCGAAGUGGUACCACAAGUGGCCUCCCUCGUCUCCAGAUUUACCGAGUUUGCAAAUUCAGUGAGGUUGACCAUCGAAGUGGUACAACAAGUGGCCUCCCUCGUCUCCAGAUUCGCUGAGUUUGCAAUUUCAGUGAGGUUGACCAUCGCAGUGGUACAAAAAGUGGCCUCCCUCGUCUCCAGAUUGGCCGGUGCAUUCAGUAAUUUUCACCUUUCUAAGGCCAUUGCCGACUGCCUUGAUCUCCUCGAUCUCUCCGCUGACAAAUUGACCCGUACUCUCUCUGCUUCUCAGUCUCCCAAUGGUAUGUAUGGUAUUACUCCUUCCCUCUUCCUCAAGAAUUUGGUGGCUGCUCUUAAUGACCAAGGCUUCAUAGCACGUGACAUGACAUUCGAGAACACAGCAAGACCGCAGAAGCACCAAGCAGUUGCAUUCCGAUCAGACUCUGACUUGUCGGUUUUGUUUAGAUGUGCUAUAAGGGGAUACCAAGACACACUCUACGCGCACUCCUUGCGCCAAUUCUACAGAGAAUGCCAGAUCACCGGCACUGUGGAUUUCAUAUUUGGCGACGGCACUGUCGUGUUCCAAAAUUGCCGAAUCCUAGCCAGGUUAGGCCUGCCUGAUCAAAAGAACACCGUAACCGCCCAGGGUCGUAAAGACCCAAGUGAGUCCUCGGGCUUCUCUAUCCAAUUCUCCAACAUAUCUGCGGAGCCAGAUUUGUUAGCUUCAUUGAACUCCACGUACACAUACCUUGGACGACCGUGGAAGCUCUACUCGCGAACAGUCAUCAUGCAAUCGUACAGGAGCAACGCCAUAAGGCAGGAAGGGUGGAUAGAGUGGAAUGGGAAUUUCGCACUGGAUACCCUCUUCUAUGGUGAGUUUAUGAACAAUGGGCCAGGGGCGGGACUGGGUAGCCGGGUCAAGUGGCCAGGUUUCCAAACCAUGAAUGACUCUGCUCAGGCCUACAACUUCUCUGUGGGUCAAUUCAUUCUAGGAAAUGAUUGGUUGCCAUCAAUCCAAAAUGGCAACCUUGCACACUUUUGGGAGGCCAAGUGGGUACCCUCUACUAACGAUUUCAAAAUUGCUUCCCAUAAACCACCUCACUGUACUGUUCAAACAGUGGCUGAAGUUAUUGACCCCAAUCGCAAAAUAUGGAAGCGUGAACUUCUCAAAGAGUGGCUUUCGCCAGAAGAUUUAGAGGCUGUUCUUGCCAUCCCAAUUGCAGCGGUUAACAGAGAUGAUCUUUUAAUAUGGCACCAUAAUCCAUCGGGAGUUUAUUUCGUUACGUCAGGCUAUGCCUUAGCAAAGCAGAUAUGCCACAACUCCAAUGGUUCUAAUAAGCCCUCCAGAUCUCUCACCCUUAGUACAGAUUUUUGGAAUUCCAUUUGGGCUCUUGAUAUCCCUCCCAAAAUGCAGCCACCUUCCCACACUAGCGUCAAAUUCAAUUGUGAUGCAGCUUUCUGUCAGUCUUCCUCAUCAGUUGCCUUGGCUGUAAUCCUUCGAGAUUCAAAGGGACACCUUCUGACUGGUUGUGCUCAAACUUGCAAGGCUUCGUCUACAGCACAAGCUGAGGCACAUUCAGUGCGUCUAGCGUGUCUUAUGGCUAAAGCACUUAAUCUCUCGCGAGUGGAAAUCGAAAGUGACAACAAAUCGGUGAUCUCCUUCUGCGUAUCCGAAACGGUUCCACCAUGGGAGUAUAGUGCCAUUAUUCUGGACAUUCGAGGACUUAUUUCCACACACUCCUUAUCUUUUUCCUGGACCAGCAGAAACAACAAUGAAGCAGUACACUGGGUUGCCAAGGCUUGUCUUUCUAAGGCCUUACCUGUAAAUUGGGCUGUGAGGGAUUUCACGUUGGCUGUUCAGCAUGAGGCAGAUUCGGUGGUGUAUGGAGGGACGGUGAUAGCGCCGAAGGUUCUUGCUGAAAUUGUUGAGUCUGUUGCUGCAGCAGUUUAUGUUGAUCGUCAAUUUGAUCUGCAAGCUUUUUGGGUGGUGCCUAGUUGUAUCUUUAGAGGUAUAUUGGAGCCUAUUGUUACUCUUGAUGUUCUCCAGCAACAACCAUGCUUUUUGAAUUUUGUCAAAAAAAGGGGGGUUGUUGUACCUCGAUGGUUGUCAGUUGUGUUGUUGAAGCAAGAUUGUUGUGAUUUUGAAGCCUGA